CUUGCGAUAUCGUCCUCUUGCCCCGACAUAUCGCCAUACCCACAUCCUACCAUGGCCGACCUCAGCCGAGUCGAGUCGAUGCAGUACCCUGCAGGCCAUUUUCCCCAUCUCUCCCAAAACCAGCAGGCCCAGCUUGCCGAGUUCAAGGCUAUCAGCCAGAAGGCUGGCUACUACACGCCUGCUGCCGGCAGCCAACCAGCCAGCCAUGACGACGAGACCAUGCUGCGCUACUUGCGCGCGCGUCGCUUUAUACCCCAAGAAGCCUUCAAGCAGUUCAAAGACACCGAGGACUGGCGCAAGGAGAACAAGCUCAAUGAAAUCUUCACCACCAUUGACACCGACGAGUACGAGCAAACGCGCCGCCUGUAUCCCCAAUGGCUCGGUCGGCGCGACAAGCGCGGCAUUCCCCUCUUCCUCUUUGAGAUCGCCCAUCUCAACUCCAAGAACAUUGCCGCAUACGAAAAGCAACUCGCAAAGUCAAAGACGACCUUUCCCAAUGUCGCGACCAAGAACGUGCGCCUCUUCGCCCUCUAUGAGUUGCUCACAAGAUUCUACACCCCAUUGUGCUCCAUGGUGCCCCGCGUAUAUCCCGAGACGCCCAUUUCGCAGAGCAACAACAUUGUCGACAUUAGCAACGUUGGCCUGAAACAAUUCUGGAAUCUCAAGGCCCACAUGCAGGAUGCUUCAACACUAGCCACAGCCCAUUACCCAGAGACGCUCGAUAGGAUAUUUAUUGUCGGCGCGCCUAGCUUCUUCCCCACUGUUUGGGGCUGGGUCAAGCGUUGGUUUGACCCCAUCACUGUAUCCAAGAUCUUCAUUCUCUCCCCGAGUAACGUCUACUCCACACUAUCCCAGUACAUUGACCAUGAAAACAUUCCCAAGAAAUACGGCGGUGGCCUCGACUUUGAAUGGGGCCAGUUGCCCAAUCUUGAACCAGCCAUCGAGGCCCAAAUCAAGUGGGAAAAGCCAUACAUCCAAGGCGGGCGGAACACACUCCCCAUUGGUCCGCUAAAGUUCGAGGAAGGAAAAGACGGAGAGAUGCAAGCGUGGGGCAUAGGCAGCGUGGGCGGCAAACCGAGACAUGAGCUCAUCUUCACCAUCCCCAACCCCGUGGGCUACAACCAAGGAGAUGUGGUCCCAACUACAUCCGUGGAGCAGUUUGGCGAACCUCUCACAACGACAGGCACAGCCACCCAUCCUCCUGAUACAGACGGGUCAGGGUCACCCACCCCACCCUCUGAUGAUGAGAGCUCAACCCCAGACUCUCCUUCAACAGCCCUGCCCGUCCGCUCAGGUACCUCGGAGGCCCGGUACGAGCAACAAGACCACACCCAUGCCUCGGGCCAGCUCGCAGACGGCACAACCAACGCCGCAAUCGUCGAACACGGCCACGGCGAUAAGGCUAUAAGUGUCGAAACAAACACCAUCGGCCAAGCUCCAAAAGAGGUACCCCUCCCUGAUCCAGAACAGCCUGCUGCCCCAGGCUACCUAGACCAAGCUAAAUCCGCCGCUGCAUCAGCUUCGGCCUUAGUCGCUUCCACAGCCACUACCGCCGCCUCGGCCGUCGCCAGCGUCGUUACCAGCAAAGAGCCAGCGAAGCCCGAGGACCCGCCCAAAGAAAAGAGCCCCGAAGAAAAGGAAAUGGAUCGUCGGAUUGAUGCCACCAGUGCAAAGGAUGUCGAGGAUUUUCUCAGGGAAAAGACAACUACCGCCACCAAUGGACAUGUAGCGGCUUGAAAAAUUUAGGGAUAAUAUAGGGUCAUCUUUUCAACUAGAUACCUUUUUAUUUAUUUUGUAUAAACGGGGAUUAUAUACCACGGAAAACAUGUUGGUGUUGAUGGAGGGGAGUGAAAUGAAG